AUGCGCUUCUCAACAGCAAUAAUCUCCACCGUCGCCUUCGGGCUGGCCGCCGCCUCUCCGCUGGUCAACCGGAUGGCAGGCGGCCCAUCCGUCAUCCCAGGCAAGGGCUUCUUCCUCGCCGUGGACGGCGACCUGCGCGAGAUGGACCCGGAGAACGCGGCCAGCAACGCCUGGGUCCUGAGCCUGCGGCGCGUGGCGACGGGCUUCUACGCCGCCGUGAUCGAGCCCCGCAGCCGGGACAAGACCCAGAACCCGACGUUCUACAUCAACGGGACCUUGGCCGACGAGCAGACGCUAAAGUACGACAUCCCCGGGGCGUUCCCGCUGUCGAUGACGGUGCGGGCGGACCGCGAGGUCGCGGACGGCGAGUACGUGGUCUCGUUCCGCAACAGCGACCAGGACAACUUUGUGGCCGUCGCCAAGCGCGCCGACGGCAUCCCCGUCCUGGCGCCGGCGUUGUACGGUGGUACCUGGGCCGUCUGCCGGCGCGACCUGCCCACCAGCACGGGCCCGGUCUCGGUCAUGAUGCCGCGGGCCGUCGGGGCGGGCCAGAGCGCCCCCGAGGGUUGCGUGACCGUCAGCUUUGUGUCCAUGUGCACUGAUCUCGCCGAGCUGCAGCCGACCGAUGGGUGGAACCAUGACAAUGUCUACGAGAUCAAGUGUGUUGCGAACUGA